UAGGUGGCGGUAUGUCUGUUGUUAAUCAUCUACACGCAGCAAUACAGAAGAAGACGAGGAAGCGCUUUAUUUACACUUUUGUUGUCAUCUAAGAACUUAGGUUGCUGGGUUGUUUUAUUUAUUAUUUAAAGCAUUAUAUAUUUCACUUUAAUCCGCGGUAAGUUUGAGAGAGCGGUUUGUGUUCUGCUGGUGAGGGCAGUUGAUAGCAGAUAAUAAUUAAUGGCAGAGGGCAGCAGUAAUCUGGGCAGUGCUCCUCCAGGAGACCCGCAGCUCAUCGCGCUUAUAGUGGAGCAUCUGAAGAACAGAGGCCUGUUUGAUGAGUUCAGGCGAGACUGUCUGGCAGACGUGGACACGAAGCCAGCUUAUCAAAAUCUGCGUCAGAAGGUGGACAACUUUGUGUCCACUCAUCUCAGUACUCAAGAAUGGAAUCCAUCCAUCAACAAGAACCAAGUGAGGAAUGUCUUGAGACAAAGCGUAGUUCAGUCAGGGAUGUUGGAAUCAGGGGUAGACCGAAUCAUUACUCAGGUGGUGGACCCUAAGCUAAACCAUAUCUUCAGGCCACACAUCGAGGACGCCAUUCAUGAUUUCCUAGCUGCAGAGAAGAAAGAAGAGGGCGCAUCAAAUUCAGCCCUCGAGGCUGAACAACAGGAAAUGACUAGCAACACUGCAGCCAAAACACAAUGAGGUACAAGAAUACAUUUUUGCUAUUUCACAUGGAGAUCACCAAAUGUUGUCCUUCCGUGACUGGCUACAAUGGAUGAACAUUUGCUAAGCACUGGAAUUUGUGGAAUUUGCUCUAAUUUAAAUGGUUUGAGUGGGUUGUUUUGCACAAAAUAUGUGUGUGUUUAGCAUGUUACAUAAAAGCAAGUUGUUCAGCCCAUGCUGUCUGGUUUAGUUUACUGAAAUUACCUCUUCAGCACUAAAGAACAACUGAAACUGAUUUGUCCAAAUUAAGAUAAAUGUUUCUCAAAAAAACAUGGAUAAAAAAGUACAUCAAUUUUUGUUUGGACUGAAGCCAGACACAAAUGAUCCUUUUUACACAGCUGGAUUUGUGAAAUGCUUCUCUUUUUUUUUUUUUCUUGCAAUAUUCUAAUGGGACUCAUAGCAACGUUUGUACAAUAAAUGUAACUUUUUAAGAAAA